CCUAGUUAACAUUUUGCCUAGAUAACAUUAGAAGGUAAUUUUUGCCUAGAUAAAUUCACUAAAAUUUUUUUUCAAAAAUUUAUAAAGUUCCUCUUUUUUCUCAAGAAAUUCAAUUAAAAGCAAAAAAAAUGUAUUAUAAUAAUGUUUACAAAUUUUUUCUUAAAGGGCACUAGCUCACUGGAGAUCAUGAGCCAGCAUUUUCAGAUAAUCAGUUUUAGGCAUUGUAGCAAAAGCUUGUACCACCCAGGGUUGCCAAGUGGCUGUGGCGACAGCCACUUUUCACAAAUGUGGCUUUAUAAAAUUCCAAAUGGCUGUGAAAAAAAUCUUGUGGCUUUGUGGCUGUAAAGUGGCUGUAAACCAAAUUUUCAGAAAUUUCCUGAUCUAUCUAGUAUUACUCAAUGUUGUAGUUUGGUAAAUGUAUACAAGAUUUAAGUUUUUUGAUUAGAAUGAGAGAACUAGAAGUUUCAAGUUCAAAUGUCUAGUGUCAUGAAGUACAAAUUAUCAGCGUACACAUGUUUUGCAUUAGAGUACAGAUAUACUGUCGUACUCACAGGCUGACAGCCACACAGAGUACAGACUGAGACAGUAGUAGACACUCUGACUUGUUUUUACUCAAUCAAUGACCAAAUCUACCAUACUACAGUUAAUUAAUUUGUAUCAUUAUUCAUUUGUGUUAGAUUUUAGUCAAUUAGGUAUCAGGUAUCUAAAAAUGAUAAUAAAUCUAUGAAAUUGGUAUAUUAGUAGCAUUAUACCUUAAAAUAUAUCAAUUCAAAUUUCAGAACACUAUGCCCAAAGUACCCAGCAGGAAAUUUAAAGGAGAAUGGGUAAAAAAAUAUCCUUGGGUCCAGAAGAGUGAAGGCCUUUCCGAGUAUGCCUACUGUACAUAUUGUAAAAAAACAAUAGAGCCUAAGCUCAGCACACUGGCUAGCCAUGGUACCUCUAAAAGCCAUCUUUCAAAUGCUCCAAACAACCCCAAAAAUCAGACUUCUAUUCCGUUUCCUGUAAUAAAACAUAGUAAAAAAGACAAACAGAUCAAAAAGGCUGAAAUUAGACUUGCAGUCUCAGUUGCCUGUCAUACAGCUAUCAAGUCUGUCGACCACAUUGCAGAAAUUGUAAAGUCGGAAGGGACUGGAAGUGUUUGGGAGAAUACAAAACUGCACCGCACUAAAUGUGGAAAGAUAAUUUCCAAGGUUGUUGCAAAGUCCCUUAAAUCUGCAUUGAAAGCAAGUAUAGAAGGAAGGGGUUAUUCUAUUCUCAUCGAUGAAAGCACUGAUGUUAGUUCCAGUAAACUUCUUUGUAUUUGCAUAAGAUAUUUCAACAGUGAACUUAACAAAGUUGUUGACGAGUAUCUGGACACUGUGGAAGUGCUUGGGACUAAAGGAGAAGAGUUAUUCAAUCAUAUAAUGGAAGUCUUAACUGCAUGGAACCUAGAUGUUAACAAUAUGGUGGGAUUUGGAAGUGAUGGGGCCAAUAAUGUUUCUGGAAAAUUAAAUUCAGUUUGGUCAAGGAUUAAGGCCUCCAAUCCAAGUGUAAUACAGAUUAAGUGUACCUGCCACUCUCUUGACUUGUGUGUGGCUCAAGCUUUCGAUGCCAUGCCUUCCUCUGUAGGGUAUUUGCUCCAAGAAAUACCAAACCAUUUUAAUAAGAGUAGUCUCAGGAGGGAUGCCUAUACAACCCUGUUCAGUGUUAUGCAUCCAUCAGGAGAUUAUUCUGUUCCAUCUCCCUUCACUAAGUUUUCUCAAACUCUAUGGCUAGUUAGGGGUAAGGUCUUAUACAACCUAAAGGUGAACUGGGAAGAACUGAAGGCCUACUUUAUGUGUGCCCUGGAGAAUGCUGGAUCAGAUGUACGGUACAAACUUCGUACUAUUCUUCAGGAACUCAACAAUGAAAGGAAUUUAAUGUAUGUUAUUUUUCUGGUUCCUGUAAUCCAGGAGUUUGAACGUGUCAACAGCAAGUUUCACACAUCAGGGGAGGUGGAUGGUCCAAUUCAAGACCUUGUUCUUCUACACAAAGUCCUCAAAGCCAGAAUUUUUGAAACCAAUGGACACCGACUGAAACUGGAAAACAUUGACUUUGGGUACUGUUUGGAUGAUGCUCUGCACAAGUCCAAGUUAGAUGAAAGGCAGGUUCAUGAAGUUAAAGUCAUGUGCAUGAGUUUCCUCAUAAAACUCAGCCAUGAGGUGGAGAAGAGGCUUCCAGACAAUGAAAACAUAUUCAAGGAUCUAAAGAAGUUAACACCACUAGCUGUGCUCUCUGAGUCUAAGCCACCUUUUAGAGCUUUACCCUUUCAGAAGUUCUUAACCUUGAAUGGAAGAGACAUUGAAAAGUUAGAAACCCAAUACCGGCUUAUAGACCAGAUACCCUGGUCUGAUAUUCUACAGCCUAUGCCAAGUGAGAUGGCUCAAUUCUGGAGUGGAGUAAGGAGCUAUAAGAGGAAUGGAGAUCUCAUGUUCACUGAGUUAGCUGCCUAUGCUCUGUCAUGUCUGUCCAUUCCAAUCUCUACAGCUGUUGUGGAAAGAGUUUUUAGUCAAGUACUUUCAUUAAGAAUAAACAGAGAAAUAGAUUGAAGGUUCCAAUGCUAGAUGCUCUACUUACCAUCAAAUCUCACCUUCAGGUUAGAGAUAUGUGCUGCAAACACUUUCAAGUCAAGGAAGACAUGAUAAGAAGUAUGAACUUCACCAUGUACCUGCCAGUGGUUAGACUUGAAGAUGGUGUUGAUGAAGAAGGGGAUGAGAAUAUCUUCAGGAAUGGCAUUUUAUCACUUUGUUGGAUUUUAUUUAAAUGUUUUUAAGAGAUAAGGAAUUGAGUCUUUGCCACAAACUCUGAUUUUAUAAACCUUAUA